CCCAAUUGCUUCCACUGCUGCUCCCAACCUUGGGGACCGCUGGGAGCUGGGGACAGCAGGCAAGGAGAGCUGUGUGAAGCCAGCGAGUGCUUGGGGCCAUGCAUUCCCACUGAAAAGAAUCAUCAGUGCUUGCAAGAAGUGCUGUGUGCUGGAUCCUGCGGGAAUUUUUUCCCCUCCCUCCGCCAGUCCGCCCCCAUCCCUCUCUUCUGCCAGGCGUGCCAGCGCUGCUCUUCAUUUCUGGGAAACCAUGGACAAGAAGCAAGGUUCCAAAGGAUCCUUGGAGCCACACAAACCAGUGAAAGGCAGGAAGAAACCAGAUCUGAGGAUAACAUGUGUCCCCAUCAAACAGCCCGUUGCCAACACAACGCCCCCGAGGAACUUGGACUCCAGGACGUUCAUUACCAUCGGAGAUAAAAACUUUGAGGUGGAGGCUGAUGACCUGGUGGCAAUUUCAGAGCUGGGCCGUGGUGCCUAUGGCGUGGUGGAGAAAGUGCGGCACGCGCAGAGCGGCACCAUCAUGGCUGUGAAGAGGAUUCGAGCCACUGUGAACACUCAGGAGCAGAAGAGGUUACUGAUGGACUUGGAUAUCUCCAUGAGGACAGUUGACUGUUUCUACACAGUCACCUUCUACGGAGCCCUCUUCCGUGAGGGCGAUGUGUGGAUCUGCAUGGAACUCAUGGACACCUCCCUAGAUAAAUUUUACAAGAAAGUACUGGAGAAGAAGAAAACCAUCCCUGAAGACAUUUUGGGGAAAAUGGCUGUGUCUAUUGUACGAGCUCUGGAGCACCUGCACAGUAAACUCUCUGUAAUCCAUAGAGACGUGAAGCCUUCCAACGUGCUGAUCAACAAGGAGGGACACGUGAAAAUGUGCGACUUUGGGAUCAGUGGCUACUUGGUGGACUCGGUUGCAAAGACCAUGGAUGCUGGGUGCAAACCUUACAUGGCUCCAGAAAGAAUAAACCCAGAGCUCAACCAGAAGGGCUACAACGUGAAGUCAGAUGUCUGGAGCCUUGGGAUCACAAUGAUUGAACUGGCCAUUCUCCGCUUCCCGUAUGAGUCCUGGGGGACCCCUUUCCAGCAGCUCAAGCAGGUGGUGGAGGAGCCCUCUCCCCAGCUGCCUGCUGACCGCUUCUCCAAGGAGUUCGUGGACUUCACGGCGCAGUGCUUAAGGAAGAACCCAGCUGAGCGAAUGAACUAUUUAGAACUUAUGGAACACCCAUUCUUUACCUUGCAUGACACCAAAGAGACUGACAUGGCCUCCUUCGUGACAGAGAUCCUUGGAGAAGACUCCUAACUCCCAACAGGAGCACAGCUCCCGGCUUCCUGCAGCCCCUCCGUCCCGGCUCCCCCGCAGAAGAGCGAACGAGGACUUGAGUUGAUGGUGGUUUGCACACAUUGCACCUCCCCAGCCUCCCCAGCCCGGGGGCACCUCUGGCCCCAUCUGGCCUUGCAAUCUCUUUUUCUCUUUGCCUUGUGAAAUCCCCCAGGAUGAGCCUUUUGAAGCCAACACCUUUCCAGCUAAGCCGUGGGGACAGAAGGCUCAGGAGCUCCCCGCUGAUGCCAGCGCAUCCCUCUCGGGGACAGGACUGUGCCUGUGGUCCCUGAGCAGGCAGAGGAUGCCAGAGGGCAUCUCCCCUCCCCAGAAGCCUGUGCACAGUGCAGGGGGUUGUGUUUCUUUGCUGCCUGGGGAAGGCAGAGAGAAGCAAUGCUGCUGUGCUUGCACCACUCCUGCCUGCCCAAAGUCCCUUCCUUGGAGUCUGGUCUCGCUUGCCUUCCUUUUGUGCCUGGUUCUUUGUUCCCAGGACCUACACAGCCUUUUAAGGGGCUGUGGGACUCCCUGGGUGUGCUGCUUUUCACACCAGAGGCUGUUUUGAUGCCUGGCUCUACACCUUAAUGACCCUUUGAGGCAGCAAGUCAGGCAUCCCCCUCCCUCAAUUGAUUUGCUGCUCCCUUGUGGGGGGAGAAAAAGGGCAUUUUUUCAUGAGCCCACCUUGGCACACGCUGCAGCCCACGCUGUUCCCACUCCUGCCCACGGGACUUCAUCCAGCACUCCCUUCCCUCGUGGGCACAAGGUGAUGGAGAGACAGCAGGUCCUUGGUGCUGCCUCUCUCCCUCCAGCCCUUGGCUCGGAGGAGACAUCCCUGCCCUGGGCAUCACCUUCCACAGCCCUGGCUGCCACCACCUCCCCUGGCUCCUGGAGAAGACGCUGCUCCAUCUCCCUUCCAACCUGGAGCUGAUGUAAGACCUCGCACUGUGACACCCACUUGUUUUGGAGGCUGAACUCACACUCCUCGUGUCCCAAACUGCCUCCAACCCCUCCAGCUGCCCAGGUGUCAGUGGGAGCCAAACCCCAGUGACUCGCCCGGGGCUGCCGCCAGUUGUACAUUUGAUGUCUAUAUAUAAUGGACUUUGUAACAUGUUUCCUAGUUUUAAUCUAACUUGCUAUAAAUUAAAGCCCUUCUGUG